AUGAAGCUGGCGUGUGCGUUAUUCCUCCUGCUUGCGGUGGCAAGUAAUUGGGGGUCCCACUUUUUCGCCUCCUGUUCUGUGGACAACUCUAGUGUGUCUCAACAGACGCACAGAGUUCCCUACCUCCAAAGAUUAAGUGAACUAAUUGCCCUCUCAUCGUACCAAGGGCUGAGUGACAAAAGGGAGGAAGAGAAAAAGAACUUAAGGAGAAAAAGGGAGGACAGCGAUUCGCCACAAGUAGUAGAUGAUUCUACUGCGAAUGGUGAGAAAGUUACAAUCGUCACCAUUGAUGGGGAAGCGCAGGUAGAGAAGGCGGAUGAAGAGGUCAAGGGGGACAAUGCAGGUGCUCCAAAGGAGGAAGACGAUUCCGGUACAGGCAUCAGCCUAAAUCGGGAAGCUUGGGUAGACGAGGACGAACACUAUGGAGACGCUUAUACAGGCCCAGCUGCUGCCAUGGACCACGAACACUAUGGAGACGCUAGUCCAGGUCCAGCUGCUGGCAUGUACGACGAACAGUAUGGAGACGCUUAUACAGGUCCAGCUGCUGCCAUGGACCACGAACAGUAUGGAGACGCUAAUCCAGGUCCAGCUGCUGGCAUGUACGACGAACAGUAUGGAGACGCUUAUACAGGUCCAGCUGCUGCCAUGGACCACGAACAGUAUGGAGACGCUAAUCCAGGUCCAGCUGCUGGCAUGUACGACGAACACUAUGGAGACGCUAGUCCAGGUCCAGCUGCUGGCAUGUACGACGAACAGUAUGGAGACGCUAGUCCAGGUCCAGCUGCUGGCAUGUACGACGAACAGUAUGGAGACGCUAGUCCAGGUCCAGCUGCUGGUAUGGACCACGAACACUAUGGCAAUGCAGAUGUUGUUCCACCCCCCGCUGGAGGAGAAGCAUACACACGAAAGUUGGACGAACAAGCUGAAGAUGCGUUUAUAAGGUUCUUCUCCCCAAAACCAUGUAUUACCCUCCCAGGAGAGGAACCCUCCGCAAAAUGUAAAGACAUGCAAAAGGGAAAUAAUAAAGAAUACGACAUUAAGGUCACGUAUAACGAAAAAGAGGAGCAUAUCAAUCGUGGUGACAACAAGUGUGUAAACCUUAACAUUAACGAUGGGUCCCCUCCAAGUAAAGAUGGACCCUCAAACAUUUUUAUAAACCUCUCCUUCGUUCCAAAAAUUCCGGAAGAAGUAAUAAAUGACUUUUACCUGAUCAUCAAAAAGUUGAAGCACAUGUUUGAAAUUGUCGAACCUGAGGAGAACAAUGCACAGACGGAGAUAAGGGGAACCGUAUAG